AACGCGUGCAAGUAAAGACGUAUUUCGUAAAACCCGAAUUGAAUGUGAAUCAGCAAAAAUAUUAUUUAUAAUCGCACGACAUUCCUUUACGACUUCAGUCGUUGUCGAUAAGUCUAAUAAUCUUCUAAGAUUAUUAAAAAUGGUGAGGGUACGAAUCAACGAUGGUGUAUUGGAAGGUGAGGUGACCAACAAUGAAUAUGGAAGAAAAAUAUUCAGAUUCAAAGGCAUUCCAUAUGCCCAACCACCAAUAGGAGACCUGAGGUUCAAGGCACCUCAGCCAGUUAUACCUUGGAGUGGAGUACGAGAUGCAAAGAAGUUAGGAAACGAGUGCUAUCAAUAUAAUGUUUUUUCACGCUCAGUGAAUUUGGGAAGCGAAGAUUGCCUGUACCUUAAUGUUUUCUCACCGAAACUAAAUCCAACCGAACCGAUGCCGGUAAUGGUUUUCAUCCAUGGUGGGGGUUUCACCGGUGGAUCUGGUUCAGAUGAAGUAUACGGACCCAAUUAUUUAAUAAGACAUGACGUUAUUCUUGUCACGUUUAACUAUAGACUAGAGGUCCUUGGAUUCCUUUGUCUGGAUACCGAAGACGUGCCCGGUAACGCGGGCAUGAAAGACCAGGUCGCUGCACUUAGAUGGGUCCAAAAGAAUAUUAGUAACUUUGGAGGUGACCCUGAUAACGUAACCAUUUUUGGAGAAAGUGCAGGAGGGGGCAGCGUUUGUUUUCACCUUUUAUCACCUAUGAGUAAAGGAUUGUUUAAAAGAGCCAUACCACAAAGUGGACUCGCUAUCACGCAUUGGGCAACAGGUUUUAUGGUUAAAGAAAGAUCACUACAAUUAGCUCGAGAAUUAGGAUGUAACUCAAAGGACGAUAGGGUAAUUUGCCAGUUUUUAAAGGCACAACCUAUUGAAGCACUUGUUAAGAAACACGUUACAAUGUCGUAUGCAGAAUCAAACAAAGAAGCUCUUAUUGUGCCCUUCAAUAUUGUUGUAGAAAAACAAUUUGGAAAUAAUGAACGUUUUAUGGUCGACGAAGCAAUUGAAAUAUUACGUAAUUCUGGUAUACAUGAAGGUGUGGAUGUUAUGGAAGGCUUUACUGAAGAUGAGGGAGUUUUAUUCCUUGGGUGCGGUUAUAGCGUGUAUAAAAUGUUCGACCAGGCUAAUAAGUAUCCAGAAUUUUUCGUACCGAGAUCAAUCGCUAUACAUUGUCCUCUAAUCGAUCAAAUAAAAAUAGGUAAAAUGAUAAAAAACUUUUAUUUUAAGGACGAAGAUGUUUCUAUGGAAAACGUGUACUAUUUGCAAAAGUAUUUUGGUACUGAAAACUUUAAAUAUCCAACGAUUUCGUUCCAAAAACAUUGCGCAAAAAGGGGGAAAAACAGAGUUUUUCUAUAUAAAUUCACCUGCAAAUCUGAGUUUAAUGUUUUCAAACAUGUAAUGGGAGUCGAAGAUAUUGUUUUGAGAGAUAAGGCCUUAGUCAGUCAUGCGGACGAUCUUCCUUAUAUCUUCCACAUAAAAAUGUUAGCAGAUUUAAACCCAAAACUGGAUGUAAACUCUAGAGUUUUUAAGAUGAUUGAUCAAGUUACAAAACUCUGGACAAAUUUUGCAAAAUACGGUAACCCAACUCCCGAUGAGAGUCUUGGUGUUGUUUGGCAGCCGUACACUUUGGAAGGACAAGAAUAUUUGGACAUAGGUGAAAAUUUGGUUCUUGGUAGCUCACCGGACAAAGAUGAGUUGGAAUUUUGGGAAGGAAUUUACCAAAAAUAUUGUCCGAAAUAUGCGAUAUGAAAUAUCACACUAAUGUAUACUAUUAGUGCAAUAAAGCGUGAACACAUACUUCUUUGUUAUGUAGGAUAUCAGCAAUAACAGAAU